GACAAAACCGUUUUAAGUCCCCACCGCUCACCGUCCCCUAGAGGGUCCCGUUGCCGGGGCGACGGCGAGACGUCCCGCACAGGCGCCAGCGGCCGGGACCCGACCUCCGCGCCCACCGCGACGCGGGGUUUCCCUGUCCCGCGGCGCCUGCGCAGUGUCCGCGGUUGCCAGGGUAACCGAGUUCCCCGGGACUCCGCGGGCCGAGCGGGAUGGGGGCUGGCCUCCGGGAGCCCGCCUCUUUUGUUCUCUGGUUGGUCGGUAUUGCCGUCCGUCAAGCGGCGGCCGCCACCGAUUGGGCAAAGGCAAGUUUCGCACGCCGGAGCCGCCCGCUCCCGGGGAGAGCUCUGUCCGCGGCGCGUGUGGCUGCGGCCGGGUGCGGGUCUCCGAAAGCGGGACCGGCUCCCGGGAGCGGCGAUGAUCCUGGAGGAGAAGCCGGAAGGCCCUGGCGCCGGCGAAGACAUCGGCCGGCUGCAGGCGGCCGGCAGCGGCGGCCAGGGCUGUGAGUCCCCGGCGCAGGCGCGGCGCAGCCGGCUGCAGAGCUACAGGGCCCGGAUCCGGCAGCAGAUGGAGAAGGAGCUGCAGAUGCGCGCGGGCGCCGAGAACCUCUACCGAGCCACCAGCAACAGCCAGGUCAGGGAGACGGUGGCCCUGGAGCUCGGCCGCGUCAACUCCAGCCUGCAGCUGCUGCAGGAGGAGCUGCAGGAGCUCGGCGGCCCCGACGAGGCCCAGCCUGGCAGGCACAGACGUCCGGCCUUAGGGUGCAGGGUCCACGCUUUUGGUCCUAGUGAUGGCGUCACUGCCCCCAUGAUCCCCCUGGGCCUGAAGGAGACCAAGGAACUGGACUGGGCCACGCCCCUGCAGGAGCUGAUCUCUGCGCAUUUUGGAGAGGAUGGGGCUUCCUAUGAGGCUGAGAUCAGGGAGCUGGAGGGCCUGCGGCAGGCCAUGCGGACCCCCAGCCGGGACGAGGCCGGCCUGGAGCUGCUCGCGGCCUACUACAAUCAGCUCUGCUUCCUGGACGCCCGCUUCUCCGCGCCGGCCCGGAGCCUGGGGCCGGUCUUCCACUGGUACGACGCGCUCACGGGGCUCCCGGCGCAGCAGCGGGCGCUGGCCUUCGAGAAGGGCAGCGUGCUGUUCAACCUGGGCGCUCUGCACUCGCAGAUCGCCGCCCGGCAGGACCGCCGCUGCGCCGAGGGCGCCAGGCUGGCCGGCCGGGCCUUCCAGAGCGCGGCUGGCGCCUUCUGCUUCCUGAGCGGGAACUUCUCGCAGGCGCCCAGCCCGGACAUGAGCGCGGCCUCCCUCUGCGCGCUGGAGCGCCUCAUGGCCGCCCAGGCCCAGGAGUGCGCCUUCGAGGGCCUCUCGCUCACCCCCGCGGCCGCCCACGACUGCCUGGCGCAGGAGGCCGCCCAGGUGGCGGCCGAGUACCGGCGCGUACAGGCGGCCAUGGCCCAGCCGCCGGCCCACAGCUGCAUCCCCGCCUCGUGGACUGCGCUGGUGCAGGUCAAGGCCGAGCACUUCCGCGCGCUGGCCCACUACCACGCGGCCGCGGGCCUCUGCGACGGCGCCCGUGAGUGCCCGCCCGUGCGCCCGCGCGCCCGCCUGCAGGCAGAGCCCGGUCCCGGGCUCACGGCCGCUCUGCCCACAGCGGCCGCCGCCGGAUCGCCCCCGUCCAGCGAGCAGGUGUUCCCCGCGGAGCCCGAGGAACGCCGGCGGCUGGCCAAGGCUCACCUGAAGCGCUCCAUCCUGGGCCAGGAGGAGGCCCUGCGGCUGCACGCGCUCUGCCGGGUGCUGCGCCAGGUGGACCUGCUGCAGGCGGCCGUGGCCCGCGCCCUGCGGCGCUCGCUGGCCCGCUACUCGCAGCUCGACCGCGAGGACGACUUCUCCGAGGUGGCCGAGGCCCCCGACAUCCAGCCUAAGACCCAGCAGAAGCCAGAGGUCAGGACGCCCAGCCUGACGGGGGGCAAGGGAACUGACCUCUUCCACCGGCUGGAACCGGUGGCGGCUGGUGGGGCCCGUGCACCUGACCCGCGGAGAGGACGGAUUCGGCCUCACGCUGCGGGGAGACUCGCCGGUGCUCGUCGCGGCGGUGGCCCCCGGGGGCCGGGCUGCGGUAAGGGGCCCCGCGGCCCGGGCUGGGGCAAGGCGCGCACUCCGGCUCAUGGCUCUCUCUGCCCGCAGGAGGCCGGCCUGAAGGAGGGCGACUACAUCGUGUCGGUGAACGGGCAGCCGUGCCGGUGGUGGAAGCACACGGAGGUGGUGGCGCAGCUGAGGGCGGCCGGCGAGGCCGGCGCCAGCCUGCAGGUGGUGUCGCUGCUGCCUGGCCCCACACUGCCUGCCGCGCAGGGGGACCGGCGGCCAGCCCUGCCCCUGAGGAGCCAGCGGCAGCGUGGUGGAGAGCCGGCCCCAGCGCCGCCCAGCCCCCGGCGCCUCCUCGGCUGGAGCCGCACGGGCAAGGGGGGCAAGACCCGAGGCCCCGCCGUGCCCCGGGCCGCCACGGAGGCUGCGGUGCCCAGCCCUGAGCGCCCGGGGCAGCUGUGACCGGCGCCCCCCCCCCCAGGACCACCAUUAAACACCACGGUGCACGA